AUGGCUCAACAUAAUCAUCAUUUAAAACGUUUACAACAUUCAACAAAUUCAUUUGAUGGUCAUUCACCAUUACCUGAUGAUGAAGCAAUUAGAGAAUCUAUUCAAAAUUUUUCUAUUCCAUCGAACAAUCAUAUGAAAUAUUCUCGAUCAUUUGAACCAGCUCCUCAUCGAGCACGGCGUGGUGGUAGUAUUGGAAGAGCAUAUAAUCGUAGUAUUUAUUCAUCAAUGUCAUUACCAAAACGAGCAAUUAAUUAUGAUUUAGCUGAAAGUUUUAUGGAUCAUUCAACAAAUCCAUUAUCAUCAGAUUUAUAUAAAAUAAAAUUUAAACAUUCAGCAAAACAAUGGCCUAAUGGUCGUUUUAUAAAUUAUAAAGAAAAGCUUGAUAAAUUAGAUGGAAAUAUCAUUACUGUAACAUGUACACAUAGUUUUCCUAUUGUAUCAAAAAGAAAAAAAAUACCAGAAACAAAACAAAAUGAACAAAAUACAACAACUACACCAUCAUCAAUAGUUGUAAUGGAUCGAAUUGCUCAAGAACAAAAGAAAAAAUUAGCUGAUCAACAAACUAAUCUGUAUGCUAAUUUAUUUGGUGUUGGAAAAAUUCCACGAUUGUCAUCGACUGCUCAAAUAAAAAAAACCAAUGGUAUUAGUGAUUCAACAAAACCAUCCGCUUCCAUUCCAUUACUCAGUGAAAAUAAAGAAGAUCAACGGUGUUAA